UGCCCCCCCCUGCCUUGUUAGUCACGUGGUCAUGACGUACCCGAGUUGUGGUACUGGAGCCGAGAGGCAGCAAAAUAGCACAGUUUGCUUUUCGCCCAAGUCGUUCACUGUUUUGUAAUGUUUCGUCUUUCCGUCGAAAACAGCCAACAUUUGACGCGGAAUGGAGUCAGAGGGAGGCUAUUAUGCUCAUGCAGGCUCUUCAGUGGACAUGACGCGCAGCGAGGAGGAGUCCCUGGUGGACGGGCCGCUCAUUUCAGCUGACGCGCUCCACGCCGCCAUCAGGAGGGAGUUCCGUACCGUGCCCACCGCCUGCAGCGCCGUACUGCUGUCUCUCCUCCACGUGGUUUAUGUGUCCCUGUCUGUGUGCGUGGCCGUACUUUGCGUGUUGAAGCUGGGCCAGGAGGAGGUAUGCGCUAACAUCCUGGGCCACGUGCAGGGUGAAAGCGCGGUGGUCUUCGGCAAGGCGGCUUUGUGGGUCCUGGUUCUGGUGUUCACCCGGUGCGCCCAGUACCACCACAGCCGGGCCCGCAGCAGAGGUUACCUCCGCUUCUACAGAAGGACCAGCAGGCUCAAGCAACUGCCUCUCGCCGUGCACUCCACAGGGAAUGUGACGCUGCUGGUCGUCAUGGCAGCACCGCUGUCACCCACUGUCCAUACCUACAUGGUGAUCAGUGUCUUGGCCUUGGAGCUACUUGUGGCAUUGCCCUGCCUCAUCUGCUAUACAGUUAAAGUGAUGAUCUUCAACGCGGAGCGAGCCCCGCCCGACGUCAGCCAGGAAGAACACUUGCACAACUUCAGUGUUGCGAGCCAACCCAUGGAGACGGGAUUCAGAGAGGUUUCCUGUCUGGAGGAGGUGGUGGAGAAGCAGGCAGACCUGAUCGAGUACCUGAAGCAACACAACGGCUUACUGAGCAGGAGGCUGCUCAACCUCACUGCUCAGCACUGAACACCACCAUCACCAUUCUGGACAACCCGCUAAGCCCCUCCCCCUACCUCCAUCCUCCACGCAGUAACGCUGGAUUAAUGUUAUACCUGUACCUGAGACCUGAGACGGACAGCUAUGUUGGGGGGGGGGGUAGUUGCACUGAAAAUGGCAAGCAGUAGAAGAGGCAACGCGGUUGACGGAUCACAGGUGAGAAGGGGGGAGGGGGGGGCGUCAGGGGCAGUUUAUCACCGAGUGUCCCGAGAAAGCUGCUACUUCUGCCUUUUUUAAGGACUCUUUGAACAUAAUGUAAAUACCGCUGUCGUAGCCAAAGAUCAUUUAUUGUAUAUCAAUCAAUGUGUGCUUCAAUUGCGAAUAAAUGUUUU